AUGCCAACAUGGCCCUUCAACUACUACUAUACCGAUACGUUGCAAGCCAGUGUUCCCCGUCAGCCCAACAUCCUUUCCAAACUGGAAAAAAGUCCUAUCAACGACAUCCUCCAUCAAGCCGGCACGAUGCCUAUCAAUCAAGAACCACAGGUGUCUGACCAGGAGAAGGAGGUUUUGGAGCAGCCCUGGAAGCAGUUUGUCACCGAGGCUUCUCAGGAUGACCCCCAGGAGCUAGUCAAGAGCCAGGCCGUUUUCUUCGAGGCCACUAAUCCUUCGCUCGCUGGCUAG